CACAUCGGAAACCCUGAGAGAAAACAUAGGACAAACAGCAAUCAGGAGGUCUUUAUUAGAAUCUUAAUCAGAAAUUAUUUGUUGAGCAUUCCUUUUAAAGAAUCGACUUGGAGAGGUGAAUCGUGGCCAGUCUGUUCACACUGCUCAGUAGAGCGUGUUCUUGUUCUUGCAGGUGAAUCAUGGCCAGUCUGUUUGCUCUGUUUAGAUGCGGUCUGUCAGCUUUCAAGCCGCAGGCAUUGAGGGAAUUCUCUACAGGAUCAUCACGUUUAAUCCGGAUGCACGCCAUCCCUGAGCCCAAACAGAUAGACAGAUGGACAGAGAAGAGAAACAUGUUCGGAAUAUACGACAACAUUGGAAUUCUAGGGGGUUUUCGUGCCCACCCGAAGGACCUGAUUGUGGCCCCGGUCUGGCUGAAGGGCUGGCGUGGGAACGAGCUGGAGCGCUGCAUCCGCAAGAAAAAGAUGGUGGGAGACCGCAUGUUCACAGAGGACCGGCACAACCUGAACAAGAGGAUCAAGUUCCUGUACCGGAGAUUCAACCACUACGGCAAGCAUCGCUGAGCAGAGCAGCAGUACAGCAAGCCAGCGCCGCCCACUCUCUAUUCUGUUACAAACACUCAAACGUAAUAAAUUCCACUCAAACUCAGUAGGUUUCUUUUGGUAUUUCCAAAUAUAGACGCCAUCAGUCGUGUUGAUGGAGCAGGAUGUGUGGAGGUUAUAAGGUUAUUUAUUCAAAGUCUUCUCCAUGCACACAGAUGUUUUACACAUGAAGUCUGGCUCACAAUAAUGGUGCAGUGUGUCAUGUAAAUACUGAAAGAAACUUCACAGAGUCAAUGACUAACGUUUCCACUAGAAGUCUUUCUCAGUGUCUUCAGUGUAAAUUCAAUGACUAACGCUUCCCUCCCCAUUGGAACCUGUUAGCAGCAGCUACAUUAAUAACUUCUCUGAGAGUGCAGAUCACAAUGUCUGUGACACAGGUUAUAUAGAAACAGAUUAAAUACAUUGAUGUCAGCCUUGUGUCUGUUUUUUAUUUAGAUUUAAUGAUUUAUAAAGUGUUUAUUAGCUACUGCUAAUCAAGUUGAGAUUAUUCUUUCUCUUGCACUCUUUGUAUGACAGACACAGCAAAGAGUGUGUGAUAAUGAACCACACUCUCAACCAGAUUAGAGGGAGACACGAGACACUCAAACAUACAUAGCAGGGAUCGUGCACCAGAAAGACCUUUAUUUAAAUUUGUUUUGUAGACAAGGUUAAGCUGUGAAACCAUUUUGGCUCUUACACUGGACCAACAGGCUGUAGUAAAUUAUAGGGAUUUAGAGCCAAGGUAGCAGACACAGGGCCACAGUUUCACAACAGCAUUCAAUGAGUGAAUGGUUUUGGAGUGAGGUGGGAAAGGCUCUAUUACAAUCAAUAUAUCUGAUUCUUGAAAAAUGAGAGAUGCAAGUUAAAUACUAAUAAACAGAAUUAUACUUUU